GGGUGGGGGGGGGCAAUGUUGUCACAACACAUUCUGGAAUGGGAGCUGAAAAGAUGAGCCUAGCAUGGUACUUGGAGCAGACUGCUGCAGCUUCUGCAGAUAGGCUCUCGGUACAUGACCGGCGUGGGCCCACUUGGUCAGAGUAUUCGGACCCCAAAACAAGUUUGCUUCUUUCGUGGCCGGCGCUGGCUCGCGUUGUCAAGGUUGCAGGCCCGUUCAGGUCUGGAACGGGAGAGGCAGCCGCCAUUUGCAUAGGGGACACCCCAAAGGAAUGAACGUAUGGUCAAGGGACAGCACGGCCUCAAACUGGCUGGGCGUAGGACUGCCAUGCGCGCACCAUCGGCGAUUGUGUCUCAACCAAACCUGGAUGGAAAUGUUACUUGCCUCAUUCACACCAACUCACUUGACCACACACUCUUUCCUUUUGACACAGAAGCAUGUCUUUCAACGGGCCUGAUUCUCUGAGCUUCUCGCCGGUUUGAGGGUGUUGUGGUCAAGUACAAACGCUCUCCAGACGCCCGAUGAAUCUUAUUCAUCACCGCCUACGAGAUACUAGCCGAAGCCCGAUUGUGUGCACUGCCACCCAGCGUUCUCUGCUUCCGACCGUCAGCUAUCUUCGUGAACGUCCCCUUUCCGUCCCUCCGCCCCGAGCACCCUGCCGACUUGUAUGUCAGCGGGAGGAAAGAAGAAGGGCCGGAUCUCCCCUGACGAGGCACUGUAGUGAAAUCUCAUUUCAUCGGGAAUUUUCCAGAACCUGUCUGCAGGGCAAACAAACGGGUUUGGCGGAAUCGUGUUUCCUACGCAUAUUUGGCUUGCUGUUUUGCUUUCGGCGCGCAGAUCAGUCCGCGUGCUUCUCCAGCUCUGUCUGCCGCUGGUUAGAAUGACACGCUCUUUUGCCGGCAACUGUCAAAUGAUCUGGUUCGGAUCCUAGGACGGACACGCUUAUGUAGACUUGCCUCAUGCUUGACCUGAGUUCAAGCCCACUCUCUGUUGACCGAAAGAAUGACUCCACCCACCCGCUGCGGUUUCUUUUCCGCUCAUGCCUUUCAUUUCCCAGUGGGAAGGGCCAAUUUGUAUUGCGCCGCUGCUUUUCGUUUGAUCUCUCUUUGUGGAGUGUCUACUCGUUGACCACUUGUGCUGCCACCGAGGGCUGGAUGUGAUUUAGCAUGUUUGUACUUUGGCGGUGCAGUUACUGCAAUGAGUGUCAAUGAUCCCCGUCUCCUCAGACCGACGGAGAAAAUGUCAAGGCUUUCCACUUUGUGUUUUGCCCCUGACUCGGGAAACUAUUUCCGCAGUGUGGCCUCGAGGCAAAAGAGAGAAAGGAUGUCUUGAGACAGUGGACGGUUUUGCCUUCUGAGUGGGACCUGUGACUUUUAAGUUCUCUCCUUGUUGCGUACUGCAUAUUAACACCGUGGGGUCCAUCGUAACCCGUAAUGUGCUCCUUGUUCACCACACUCCAAGGGUGCGCCGCGCACUUGUUUUGUGCUUGCGUCGAUCGCCUGGAGGGAGAGAGAAAGCCUCAUCAAAACGGAUGCCGUAUCCCUCCGAGAGCACAGAAGCCGGUCCGCCAGCCGUCGAGCUCGUAGCGCCGCGUUUCACGCGGCCGUGGCCUUUUACGCGUUCUAACGGAGGGAUUAGGGAGCGGGUAUCGAAGCAAUAGGGGAGAGCAGUCCUCUCUGCAUUGCAGCGCUGUAGCCGAGGAGCUCCAGAAGCAAAAAAGCUGAUGUGCUACAUUCAGCCUAACAUCCAAUCGGGUCACUCGGAGUGCCGCUCAAACCAAUCGGGCGCCUGCAGCCGAGGUUGAAGAUCGACAUUGGCAGGAGGAAGCGGCGGGGAGAGCGGGCCUUCCGCCAGACUUGGAACCAUCCUGGCCCUCAUUUCACAACGCCCUCUCUAAUCGAAAGCAGAAAACUGGAGGAAGACUCUUUUGUCGGAGGAGGUAAAGAAGACCGACGCUCUGACGGAGAAAAUGGAAAGCUCAACGCGAUCUAAAGACACGGGCUCGGCGGAGCGGACGACCCAGAAACGAAAGAUGCCUAGUCCCUCUCCCUCAUCAAAUGGUCAUUCUUCUGCCGAUACCUCCCCCGGCCCGGUGAAAAAGAAGAAGAGGAAACCAGGUGCCGUUAGCAGCGGCAAAGACCAGUCAGAACUAAGACACGGUCCCUUUUACUAUGCGAAGCAGCCAGCACUCACCAGCGACCCUGUUGAUGUUGUACCGCAGGACGGCAGGAACGACUUCUACUGCUGGUUGUGCCACCGCGAGGGUCAGGUGCUCUGCUGUGAGCUCUGCCCCAGGGUGUACCACGCCAAGUGCCUCAAACUACCAGACGAGCCCGAGGGCGACUGGUUCUGUCCAGAGUGCGAGAAAAUAACAGUUGCCGAAUGUAUCGAGACUCAGAGCAAAGCCAUGACGAUGCUGACUAUAGAGCAGCUGUCUUACCUACUCAAGUUUGCUCUUCAGAAGAUGAAACAACCAGGUGAUCAUCCCCGCUUGUCAUCUCGCUCCCCCCACGCAGCUUCCACGCAGAGAAAGACUUUUAAUUGGACGGAGCUCUUCCACAAACCGGUUUCUCUUGAUCAGCAUCCAGACUAUGCCGAAUACAUCUUUCACCCGAUGGACCUUUGCACUCUUGAGAAGAACAUCCAAAAGAAAAUGUAUGGCUGCACAGAGGCCUUCUCGGCAGAUGUGAAGUGGAUUUUGCAUAACUGCAUCAUAUACAACGGAGGGAACCACAAACUGACGGCCACGGCGAAAGUUAUCGUCAAGAUCUGUGAGCACGAGAUGAAUGAGAUCGAAAUCUGUCCUGAGUGUUAUCUGUCCGCUUGCCAAAAGAGAGACAACUGGUUCUGCGAACCGUGCGGUAACCCUCACCCUCUGGUGUGGGCUAAAUUGAAAGGUUUUCCCUUCUGGCCAGCCAAAGCUCUGCGCGACAAGGACGGACAGGUGGACGCUCGCUUCUUCGGUCAGCAUGACAGGGCUUGGGUCCCUUCAAAUAAUUGUUACCUCAUGUCCAAAGAGAUUCCCUUCUCUGUGAAGAAGACCAAAAGCAUAUUCAACAGCGCCAUGCAGGAGAUGGAAGUCUAUGUGGAGAACAUGAGGAAGAAGUUUGGCGUGUUUAACUACGCCCCCUUCAGGACACCCUACGCUCAGGACAACAGCUUUCAGAUGCUGCGGGACCCUUCCGACCCGUCAUCGGCGCCUUUCAAGCCGGAGAAGCAGGAAAAGAUCAAGUUGAGCUUCGACAUGACGCCAUCGCCAAAGAUCUCCCAGGCCAGGACCGCGUUGUCCGGGGCCGGCGUCGGGAUCGCGGCAGCCCGUCGGCUGCCUCUCGCCGACGUGCCUCGUUCUCCCAUGAGCACCAACUCUUCUGCGCAUACGGGCUCCGAUGGGGAGGACGCAACGGACAAGACCUGUCCAGACAGUCAGGGAAGUAUUGGAGUGGAGCCGGCGGACUCCGCAGUGUCACCGGCUCAUCCUCGACCAAGUCAAGAUGAACAUUUAGUGGACAGCCCCAAACCUGCGCACUCGCAAGCCCCUGGCAACACCAAGCAAGAGAAGACGCAUCUGACGGGAAGCAUUUUGAAUCUUAAUCUAGAUCGGAGUAAAGCUGAAAUGGACCUCAAGGAACUCAGUGAAACGGUUCUGCAGAAGCUGGGCGCCGCCCCCGUUCUCACCUCUCCAAAAAGGCAGAUCAAGAGCCGUUUCCAGAUGAAUUUGGACAAAACCAUUGAAAGCUGUAAAGCGCAGCUCGGUAUCAACGAGAUCUCUUCUGAGGUGUACAAAGGUGUGGAACACAGCGACUCUGAGGACUCCGAGGCUAAAUCUGACUCUAGCGACAGCGAGUAUGCCAGUGAUGAAGGAGCAAAGGUCGAAGAUUCUCAAGACAGCGCACCCACUGAGGAACCCCGAAACGAGAGUAGAGACCAAGACCGGUCAUCUCCGGCCCAAGCGAGCAAAGCCGAUCCGCCGGCGGCGGCGGAUGUUAGCGCGAUGCCGUCGGCGAUGCCGGCUCAAGAAAAGAUUCCAGAGAAAGAAAGUCCAGAGAAGACCGGCCCCCCCGCACCAUUGCCUGUGUCUCAGGAGAAGGGACAGGUAAAAGAAGAUACAAAGCAAAACGCCCCUGCGGACGAUUCAGACUCCGAGGGGCAGCUGGUGAUUGACCUUGGGGAGGAGCAGGCCAAGAGGGACAAGAAGGGGCGCAAAAAAGACAGCGCCAACGCCAAAGAGCCGUCCGCCGCUAAGCCUGAAGGCAAAUCUCUGACGCCUCCGACAUUCCCAUCUCAAAACAGCACAACCCCCUCCACACCCUCCAGUGUUGCCUCGCAGUCCCCCCUGGCCAUUCCCGUCACCGUGACGUCCCUCGCCGCGCCGUCCGCCGCAAACGUUAGCCUCGCCACUGUCUCCGCUGCCCCCGCCACUCCACCCUGUUCGUCCUCAUCCGCAGCCUCCGCCACCCCGGGACUGAAGAAACAGCGCCCUCUGUUGCCUCGAGAGCCGCUGGCGGGAGCGCAGAGCGCCGCCAAGCUCCAGAACCCCUCGCCAAAAUGGCACGCGUGUCAGCAGCGGGGCCAGCAGCCUUUGGCAGCUGCGCAAAUUCAAGCGGCCUUGCCCAGACGGGGCGCGACCCAGGCGUCUGACGCCGGCGCGGCGUCAGUCUCGUCCUCUUCAGCGCAACAGUCUUCGCAAAGCGCACGCUAUCAGACCAGACAGUCGAUUAAAGCUGUCCCCCUGGUGUCCGGCUGUCCGCCGUCAGCGUCGGGGUUCGACACGUCGUCUGCAUCCUCAUCCAUGGAAACGGAGGGGUCCAUUUCGACGGCGUCAGCAGACGUUGCUGCAGAUAUCGCCAAGUAUACCGACAAAGUAAUGGACGCAAUCAAAGGCACGGUGACUGAAAUCUACAGCGACCUCUCCAAGAGCACUCCGGGGAACACCAUUGCUGAGAUGAAGCGGCUUCGAAUUGAAAUUGAAAAACUACAGUGGUUACAUCAGCAAGAGUUGUCGGAGAUGAAGCACAAUCUGGAGCUCACGAUGGCCGAGAUGCGGCAGAGUCUGGAGCAGGAACAAGAGCGCUUAGUUGCGGAGGCCAAGAAACAGAUGGAGCUGGAGAAGCAGCAAGGAGUGGAUGAAACCAAGAAGAAGCAGUGGUGCGCCAGCUGCAGGAAAGAGGCCAUAUUUUAUUGCUGCUGGAACACCAGCUACUGCGAUUACCCGUGUCAGCAGGCCCACUGGCCAGAACACAUGAAGUCCUGCACCCAGUCAGCCGCAGCUCCCCAGCAAGAAGCCGAGGCGGAGCCGGCGGCGGACUUGUCAAACAAAGGAGCGGGACAGGCGACCUGUGGACCAAACGCUCUCCGAGAAGCACCGCUAUCCGCUUCAUCGAAUACAGACCGCGAAACGGAGAGCUGCGGUGACAGCGCUGCUGUCGCCUCAUCCCAACUGGGCGCGACUUGACAUUGUUGCCGCAGUUUGUUUGUUUUUUUUCCCCCCUAUGUAUACGAUGAUACCGUAUGUUGUAUAGAAUGCCCUGUGGCUGUGGCCAAAGUCUUUUUUUGUAUUUAUUUGUUGGUGGCUGCCCGUGUACAGUGUUCUUUUCCUACGUUUUGAAUGUUAAAACAAGACUGUCGGCAGUUGCUCCUGAUGAGGAGGGGCACGACCUGCAGUAUCCGCACGCUUGCCGACCAGCACGCACCUCUCUAAAAGAAACUCUUCAACAGUUACGCAACCUCUUUUGGAAGCGCACUACGGACAAAUGCGUCUGAAGAGUUCAUGUGCAAUGAUGCCCGUUUCCGUUUGGAUUUGUUGAGAUGCCCGCUGCGUAGCGCACGAUGACGAGGAGGAGACGUUUUCUUCUUCCCCAAGUAGACUGCACUGAAUUGGUUAUUCAAAAAUGUUCUUUGGCUAUCGUGUCACCCUAUCGCAAAGUCCUCCUUGGUUAUCUUUGGUCCGAGUGCUUUGGCCCCGAUGGAAAAUUGCGUCCGGGAAAAGGUAAAGCUGCCAACUGCCAACUUCGCCUUUUGCAAUGUCAUAUUGUCUGCUUGCUCUCGGAAAGUUUGUGCACUGGGAGAAUUUCCGCGCUAGCGGUAACUGGAUCGAGAUCCCCAUCGAAAGCUCGAUCGCGACAUCCCGUCAAGCGGACAUCGGAUACGGAUUAUUACAUACUGACCUGACAUAGAAAUGCCUUUCCAAAGAUUCCCGCCUUCUGGAGGUGAUUUUUGGGGGUUUCAUAACUUAGUAUGCAGCGGCAAGUUUCUUGCCUGCCUCCAUUUGUGCUACUCAACGACCUCAACUCGGAAAAACAAGUUCCACUGCCAGCGACCAGCAAAAAGGUAGAAACGGUGGCACUUUAUUUAUUUUCUACAUCAUUUGGCUGACUUUUUUUUUUUACGUUUCCGCAUGUGUACCUGAAGAGCACAUUGACAAUAAACAGGGCAGACGGAUUGACGUCGACCCAA